AUGCUUGUCGAUUCUGGUUCGGGCAUUUCAAAGACGAAUCGUGAAAUUCUGUUCCAGGAACUUGAACAGAUUUCUGCCGAAGACUCCUACUCCGGGUUUGACAACCAAGGGAAUACGCAAGAUAAACAAACGGCGAAGACUGUUUUAGGUCUUGGACUUGCGCCGACCGCUCGAAUUGUCCAUAAUAUGCAUGAGCAGCUUUCUGUCAAGCCCGAAGAGGGUAAGGGCAGCCAAACCAAGGUCAUCAAUGACUACACAUGA